CUGCCGCUCCGCUCAGGCGAACUUCUGUGUUGUGCUUUUGUUUCAGAUAAGAAUAAUUAUGCUCUAUAACUCUUUUGCAUGUUUCCUUUGAACUUCCUUGUUUUUACGUUCACAUUGAAGGAGACUUGUUAUGCAAAUGUCACGUUUUGCAUGUUUUUGUACUUCCGUUUGGGUUUUUACUGAUUCUAAAACCAGCCCAAAAAAAAACAUUUUCUGGUGUUUAAGACGGAAACUUUUGUUGUGGUGAAAAGACAUGAAGGCCAGAGGGAACAUAGAGAAAGAUCAGAACUGAAAGUGGAAAGUGUUCGGCCUAGUCCAACCCCUGACCCAGAGCUUAUAGAGAUGAUGACAGACUUUCCUCAGACCAACCUUAGAGACUGGUAAGAGGCUCCAAGAAAAGUCUUACAGUAGCUACUUCAUUUAGAAGUGGUAAAAUUAGCUGUUAGCAGGCGGGGUGUCCUAACUUUUUCCUCAGUUGUAACAGAUAUUUCUGUUUAUAACAUUUGAUAAUGAACUAAACUGUAUUUUUUGUGAUAACCAGUAAUUAAAAGAUUUUGUUUUCCAGAGUUACAAAAACAAUAGACAUAACGACGUUAACAAAUCUUUAUAAAGAAAUUAAUAUGAAAUGUGGUGAAUUAUUUGUUUCACAUGCACGUUUCUAACAUCAAGCUGAGUCUCAAAGUUAAUACCACCAAGUGAAGAAUAAACACAACUUCCUCCACAUUUUUUAUCGGUUUCUUUGCUGCGGGGAAAUUUACUGUAUGUUUACAAAUUUCAUUUUCAAUACUUUCAGCCAGGAUUAGUGGCCAAGAAACAAAGAAAAAACAAAGUAAUGGGCAAAGUACAGUAGAGACAUAAUUCCCCCAUAUUUAUUGAUACACCUCUAUUCAACAACCGGUGGAUAAAAAUUGUAAAAAUAACAAUCCUGACAGUUUUAGGGGGUUUUAAAAAACGUUAAUUGUAAUUUAUUGUGACAACGAUUAAAUCAAAAUCUUAUUGUGCUAAAAAAUGUAUCACAAUAAAUAAUAAACGACGCCUACGUUGCAGCUAAUAGUCGUAAGCUAUUGAGGAAAGUUCAAAUUGCGUGCAUACUUUUGUUGGUCACUUCAGAUGUGUUGCCACCAAUAUUGCCUAAUAGGUGUUUUUAUUGCCUUGCAUUAGAAAAUAUUGAAAGUCUUUUGAUUUGUACUAAAAGUAGUUAAUGUGGUAAGCUAGACUAAAUAAAAAAACAUUAACAAGUUCUAAAGCAACAAACAUUUAACUCAAAGUCAGCUGAUUUCACCAAACGAGGGUAAAACCAGCCUACACAUUUAUUGCUAAAAAAUAAAAGCAGGUAGGGAAAUUAAAAUUUCCAUUACAUUCUAAGCUAAUCUAAAAGCUUGUUUUGGGAUAGAUCUGAAUUCUGCGGAAAACCAAACCAAGAUACCCAUGCUGCAGCCUCGGUGGCUCCCUUUUUGGUCAUUCAUCUUAGCAUGUUUGUAUUUUCCAACCAAUAUUUGCAUAUCCUGUCAAUGCGGCCUCUGCUCCAGGUUUGCAACAAAGCCGAACUCUCGCGGUCAUUUGCAUCCAGUCGCCUGUUUUCCACUGUGCUGCCUGGUUGCUGAAUAACUGAUGGUCGCUCCGCUGGUCUGACGAGUGCUUUUGCAUAUCAGGCAGGCUGUGCCAGGCUUACCUCCCAUUGUAGGAUCAUUGUGGGAUAUCACAUGUGUUUAUGCUCAGUAGAGGGAAUGAUAACAAGAGGAGAAGCCUUUUUUUUAUGGAUACACACCAUUAUUGCAAUUUGGAUUUUUAAGGACUAUAUAAGGAAAAUAUGACUUUGCAGGUAAGAGGUUUUUUUUCUUUUUUUGAAUCUGUACCAUAGUUGCUUUAUUUUUUUGUGUGUGUUUAGAGAUAAUGCUAGUUUGAGAAGUAUCUACAUUGGAUUUUCAGUAGCUUUCAAAAAUCUCUGCGCUGUAUUUCUACCCGGAGAUGCCAAAUGGUGGCAGCAGGUACAAUUGUCAAUUUGACACAAUUCUAUUUUUAAAGUUCAAGGGCAGGAUCACCAAAACGUAAAAUUCAGCUCCUCAUCUAGUGAUCAGCACAGAGCAGAUGCUUUUAAAAGAACAAAGGGCCAAAGUUUUGUUGUGUCAAGUGUAAAAAUCCUCCUGCUGCUGUGGUGGCUUGUGUUGGUCCGCUGUCAAGAAAAGUCUUAGUUAAAAAUGUAUGCUAAAGAUAUCCUAGAUUGUUUGUUUUUUAAAGUGUUAAAAAUGACAUUAGAUUUUCUGAAAAGUUCGAAAAGUGUUUGAGUUUUUCAAAACGCUUUUUUAAACUCCUUUCAGCGCUGCUCCAGAACGUAGAAAAUGAAAAAAGUGUUACCAAUGUAUCAAACUCUUAUUUUGAAGGUAUUCAAGACGUUCUGUCUCUGUUCAGCUGUUGUACUGAUGCCUUUAAUACGAUGGAAAGUCGUCGAACUGUGUCUAGCGAAGCGCCACACGUUACUUUAGCAUGCCGUCGAUUGCCAACAAAUCACUCCGGUACAAUGGUGGUGGUCCAAAUAAAAGCUGAAAACGCUGAAACAAGUUAAACAGGCGAAUCAGAUCAUUCAAUUGGAAUUACCUCACUUAGCAUCAGCCAGCCACAGCCUAAUUAUCCCAACAAAGUUAUAGAAAAGUUGCAGUAAGUGUUGGAGCAGCUGUUUUCUUAACAUCUCUUGAUGUGGGCCAAAAACAAAUCAUGUGCUUCAGUUAAGUGGUGGAUUUUGAAAAACUUUCUUGUGGGACACAAUGCUCUUGUGAAAGGAGGGGGGGGGGGAAGUAAAUUCAAGGCAUUUUAAUAGCUUUACCAUGGGUGCCAAUAAGUGUGGAGUGUGCUGUGACCUGUGUGAGUGUUAACACGAUGAUAGGGAGGAGAAGGUUGGGUAUUAGUAGGUCUAACAAGGCAAAUUGACAGAAGUGCAAUGAUAUUUUUAGUUCAAGGGCAUGAGGAGGACUGGAACAUUGGUCAUGCAGUGGGAGUGUCGCAUAAUAACAGAAAUAAAGUCAGAAUUUAAAAAUAGUUUGCCAGUUUUUCUGUGAUAUUGAACCACAAAGCCCGGCGCUUACUUUACAUGCUGUUCUUGUGUGUUUUGUACUGGGAAGAAGAUCUCAUGCUGUAGGGAGCAAAAAGCAUUAGCGGAGAAAAUCGGAAGUGGCAAAAAAGAUAGUGUCAGUUAAAACAAUCAGUUGGGCAACUGCAGUAAAAACGAAGGCGCAACGCUGUAAAAGCACUUUUACAUGCAUCUCUUAUCUCCAGACAGUCGGUGAUGGAUGUCGCAUCUUCUGACGGAUGCUGAAAGCUGGAGACGAACGGGUUAAUGCGAAUGUGCGCCGACUUGUGUGUUUGUGGCGCGCACGUGCCCGUCCGUUUGUGUGAUAUGCAGAUCCUGUUCCUCUGUUUCUGUCUGCGCCCAUUAAAAUGCACACUUAGCGUGUGUCAGAGCUGAGUGAAACACUUGGGCUGAUGCCAGAAAGCCCUCGUACCAAACAAGGAAGGGAAUCCUCUCAGUCCUCCUCCUCCUUCCCUGGCGCGUCGCCUUUCUCCUCAACGUGCAUCCACACACUCCAGUUUUGUUUGUUUUUUUCUUUGUUAUUUUUCCUCCCCGGAUUAUUUUGUGCUGUCCAGCGAGGAGAAAGCGGAGCCUGAUUGUUGAUUUGUUUCUGCUCUCUUGAGUUAUGUUUCAACUGUGUUUGUUCCAUGCAUGCAUGAAGCCCCACAGCGUGAGUGGAGUGGAGAUGAGAAAAAGGCAGGCGGCUCACAUCGAGGCCCCACCUCAGGCCCCUGGACAGCCUCGACCGAAUACCUGCUGCCUCUGCUGGUGCGGCUGCUGCAAGUGUCUGUGGAAUGAAGACAGAAUUGAGAGGACCGAACGGCAGACCUGCACCAAGAUGGACAGUAUUGAAGCUGCUGAAGAACAACGUCCCAGUUUAGAAGAGUUGCUGUCGUGGUCACGGAGCUUCGAGAUGAUGCUGCGCUCGCUGGAGGGCCGAGAGAUCUUCCGAGACUUCCUGCGCUCCGAGUACAGCGAGGACAACCUGCUUUUCUGGUUGGCCUGCGAAGAGUUGAAAAAGGAGACCAGCCCCUCGGUGGUGGAUGAGAAGGCCAGGAUUAUAUACGAAGAUUACGUCUCUAUAUUGUCGCCCAAAGAGGUGAGUCUGGACUCUCGGGUCAGAGAAGGAAUAAACCAGAGCUUGACGGAGCCUAGCAACACGAUGUACGAGGAGGCCCAGCUCCAGAUCUACACCCUGAUGCACCGGGACUCCUUCCCCCGUUUCCUCAACUCCUCCGUUUACAGAGACCUCCUGGACAGCAGGAGGCGCACCUGCCUCGACACCUAAACCUCGCCACCGUUCGUCAUUGCCAACGUACGCCAAUGAGACUACUACUUAAAAACUUCAAAUGCUACUACGGUGCCAGAAGUCAGGUUUGGAAGAAAAUAAGCAAAGUCUCUCUCUGUUCUGACAGGGGAAAAAAAAAGAAAACAAAAACAAUCUUAAAUAACAUCCAAGACAGCUGGUCGAGUUAUUUUUUGUUUGUUUGUUUGUGUUUUUUUUUUUAUUUAUUUAUAUUUUUUAAGCAAUUUCUAUCCAGUUGUUCACUGGAGCUAGGUCGGCCUUUGCUGGCUGGUUAAUUGGUCGCUUUGAGACCAUUAUUGCUGGCCAGUGAUUGUUUUGCUAGCAAUCUGUGCUGUUUCGCUUGAUUCGAGCGGCCGACUCCGUCCUCGCCAGCGGUCGGUUUGAACGGCCGACCCGAUGCGUCGGUUGAGCGUGGACAAGGACUCCUCAGGUGGUGAGGACACAGAGAAGGAGAGAGACGUGAAGGACAAACCCACUGUUCCCGUACUGUAAUAAUCGAACCUCAUUCUUUCUUUACCCUCACUUUACUGCUUUGUCCUUACUUGUCGGCCGUCGUCCCACAUCCCCGUUGUUUUUUUUUUCUGUUUUACACCUCCUCACUGUCCAAACAUGACACCCAAUGGUUGGUUGGAGUGGGAGAAUCUUUGCCUUUUUAACCAGUUGAAGCAUCGGCUCUCUCUGCAUGCAGCUCUCUCUCUCUCUCUCUCUUUUUCUAUCACCCUCUCUCUGUCUUUAUUGUAGCUUGACAAUAUAAGCCGCGGACUGCAAACUUUUCCGAGAGGUACUAAGGCUGGCUCUUACUGGCUAUACGCUCAGCGAAGGGAAAAAAAAAGGUAUGUCAGUUUUACCAAUACUGCAGUUUUUAUGAGAUGUAAAAGCUGCUCUCUCCAGCCCUUCUUCUUGUCCGUCCAGCGUUUUCCUUCAUGUAACCGGGAGAAGUAAGGGCUAGGAUUGUGGUUGGGCAGCUACUUCUAACAUUAUAUAACUCACAAACUUCGCUCCGCUGAGAAAAAAAAAAAUCACUAUGCCUUUACGCGUAAAGGAAGGCGGCAGAAGCGCUGCCGCAGAUUUGCUGUGAAGCAACCACAGUUUGUCGAACAAUCCCUACCUCCCAUACUUUUUUUUUUUUUUUUAAUCCCUCCCUCUUUCUCUCGCCUGCUCAACAAACCCCCUACAGCUUGAGAAGCACAGGUGCCAAGUUUGGGCCAAAACUGCAAAUGGCGAAAACAAAAAUAAACCUUACGUUGUCUAGAGGAGCUGAGAAUCAUGGGUAGGAAAACGGUAGCAAUUUCCUUCGGUGCAGGCGUAAACACGUGAGCUUUUUUUUUUUCUUUUUUUUUAACCCCGGCCUUUGAAAGGCUUCAGCUUUAGACCAGGAGGUGUUGGAUUUUAAGAGGAUUGCUUAACUGGGUGCCAAAUGGGACUUCAAAAGUCCUGGGAAGAGGUUUCAGAUUUAUUUAUUUUAUUUUAUUUUAUUAUUUUUAAUGGGUCUGCAUUUUUCAGAGGGCUGGUUUAAUAAUGCUGAAACGCUACAAUCCCAGGCUAGCAAAGAAAUCUGCGUAGUCUUGCUCCACACAAGCCUUUUUCACCUUAAGCCAAAACGGUUUAAGCGUGCUGUAGACGAGCAGAUGAUAGGAUGCUUGUGCUAAUCUUCCCUCCCACUGCCAGCCCUCACACACUCUGGUCUGUUUUUCUAACCUGACUUGAACAGCAUGCACUUAUAAAUGUGUGUGAGUGUGUGUGCGUGCGUGGAUGAGACACAAUCAAACACCGAACAGGAAUAGGAAAGUUAAGUUGCCAAAUGUCCUGUUAACAUGUUCAACAUACAAUGGACACUGUUUUUUUGUUUGUUUGUUUGUUUUCUUUUAAAUAAUGUGAACAUUUAAACAGAAACUUUGUUGUUACCUGUGGAUCUUCAGUAGACGUUGCAUGAGUGCGGCGUAUUAUACGCAGUUUUAUUACAACGAGCCUCUGUGUCCGUUGAUUUGAUGGAUGUGCGGAACCAGGCAGUGCUAAACGUAUCGGUGACACCGCUCUCACACAGAGGCGUCCAUGUUGACGCCUUCUCUAACUACUUGAUGUUCUCCUGCCAAUGUGGAUCUGCUGUAAAGAGACAUUUGCUUCCGAUUAGUGAGGGUUAGGCAUGGGCCGGUACAAUAACCGCGCUUUGACAGUAUUAACACGAAAAAUCUAACGCAAGUACGUCCAACGGCAACCGUUUCCUUCAGUUUAUUUCCGCUGCCGUGGAAAAAAACACGACGAAGGCCGGGUGGUUUUUUUAGGGAAGGCUGACAUUGCAGUUUUAUCGUUGAACGUUACACGUCAUGAUUUCUUUUCCGUCACCACAAAGUCCCCAACGCUCUUCCUGAACUUGACGCUGUAAGUGGUUCAUCAGGUGUGGACAAAAGAAAUCUGUGAAAGUCAAUCUGAGUGGACAAAAACGUCACCAGAAAGGAGCAAUUCAGUGCAUGAAGAGUGAAACACUUAGUCUGAUCCAGUCACUCUUUGACCUUGUGAGCAUGAUUGUGAUUUAAUAUGUUGUGCAGCUUCAGGUAUGCAGUAAACUUUUGAUUGCUGCAAUUAUAAAAAAAAAUUUCCUAACAUUUAUUUAUUUUGAUACAUCAAGCAGUUUUUUGUUGUUGUUGUUGUUGUUUGUUUUUUUUAGAAGAAAAAAAAAGGCCUGCUAAAUUUAGUAGCAUUUUUCAACUUCUUAUUGUAACAGAAUAUGGCACAGUUUGUUUAUUAAUGAGGCUAUCUGCCUGCGUAUUAACAAUUUGUCUCCCAACAUCCAAAGUUGUGUGGCAAGGGAAAAAACAGAAGACGUCUAACUUUCUAUGCUCAGCCACAGGUGGGAGAGGGACAGUACUCUAUGUUAUAUAACCAGAGAAAGCUCCAGUAAGGCCAACAUUUCUUCUGGCCCAGGUCGGCGUUGUUGACCUCUUUGGGUUACCUUAACCCCAAAGACCGGCCCAUGCCUCGGGAGGGAAGAAUCUGAGCCUCGUUGUGUUUCUGGUCCACAUGAAUUACACAGAACACUUUCUAGACUUUCGCCGAUCCAGAUGAACCUGAUUUCCACCAGAUCGUGACUGAUGUUGCUUGAUUGCGCGAGUGAUGAGCUGUGCACAUGCAUGCGCCCCGUUGAUCAUGAAAGGCAAAUGAAUCGAAGAAUUUGUAUUUUAAAUAAAUAAAUAAAUCUGACGGUAAAGGUCAGGUUUCACGUGCGAAACUCGUUUCUGUAGAAAAAUGUCAAAACCUGCGGUAGCUUUUCGUCUCAGCCAUUCCUGGCUCCUGCUGGCCACUCUGCGCAAGUACACUUGUAUGUUUUCUAUAUAUUAACUAACACAAGAAUGUCUCACCAGGAACCAGACAGCGAAAUUAUGGUGCAAUCAAACCGAGUUUACAUUCAUAAACAAUGAGACGUGUCACGUGUCACCUAGCGGCGGGGGGAGUUUAAUAGCCAGCCGGUUUGAAACUUGACGGUGUUUCACAACAAGGACACAAGUGAGCAGAAACCUUAGCUUCUGCUGCUGUCGUUCUCUAAUUUAUUCCAACUUUUCCACAGCGGGAGAAGUGCACGUGGUUGUUUGAAUUUUGUUUUUAAUGCCUGCAUUGCGAUGGUGGAUUUUUACAAGCAAUGAUCAUGAUGUGAAAUGAGUUCAGAUUUUUUUUUUAUUUUCCCAAUGGAUUCCAUGUGAGAUAGCGUUUGAGACAUGGCUUUGGUUUUACGGACGAGAAAUAAUAAUAAUGAUGAUAAUAAAAAAUAAUAAUAAUAAUAAUUAAAAAAACAAAAAGGUUGAGAGCUGAAGUGUCCUGACAGGGAUUGGAGGUCUGCAAAGCUUUGGCCUUACUGACAGUUUUUUUUUUUUUUUUCUUGUAUAUUUAAGAAAAGACAAACAUUUUUAUAGGUGUUUCACUACCUCUCAUGUUGGUUAAUUUAUUUCACAUCUAGUUGUCAAUGUACAAGCUGUUUUUUUUAGAUCUACUUGAAGCCUAACACUGUAAACAACUCUGUGUAAAUGAACCAGAGAGGUAGAAGAGAAGCCUGGGCCUAGUCGACAUGAUAAUCCUGAAUAUUAUUUUUGUUUAUGUGUAUGUUUGCUUUGAAUUGUGUUGAGCUGAACUAGAUUUUGCAUCUCUAUAAAGAAUUCAGGAAUCCACUGUUUUAAGGGCUAAUCCCAUUUUUGCCUAUGCAAAUCUGUUACUGUGGGCGAGUUCGGAGAGGGCGCGCCGGCGCUCCUCUCAGCUGUGUUAGACGGACCAUGGUUUACAUUGCCCUUCGCUGGUUUUCUUCAAUCCUGUUCAGCAAAAAUGUACUCUUAUAAACAAGUAAUAUAGACAGAAGAGAGUUUAUGCCUUUUAUGAUGAUUUUAAAAAAGAAAAAAAAAAGAAACCUUAUUUAAAAGAACUUUUAACGUGUUGUCUUGACGUCGAGCGGCCGGGCGCUGAGGUUUUGGUGCGACGCAGCAGUCUGUAGUCGACUUUCGGGAAAGCUCUCGUCGCUCAGGCUACGACUUCAGUAGCUGAACUGUGCAGGAUUGCCUGACUGAAAAACGUAUUUAUGUGAGGAGCAACCACACUAUCACCUUCACCAACACACUGACUCCCAGGCUGGGAGGUCAUACGUGUAUUUAGGUCGUCUAGGUCUUAUUAUUGUCACGUUCAGUGUAACAUCUUUUCUUUUUUUUUCUUUUUUUUUAAGUAAGACCAUGUGACCUUUUGUGGCCAAUCUGUCCCUCCUCCAUUUUGUGUACUCACGUUGCCAUUCUGCCCCAGUUACUUCCAUUUUGUAUCCCACACACUUCAACCAGUAUAUAUUUUUAUAGUAAUUGCUUUAACAUGACAAUAAUCAUAAAAACACUCAAGCCACUUUUAGAAUGAAACUGAAUUGCAUAUUAGGUUCUUUAUAUUUUAUAUUUUAUAUUACACCCUAGUUUCCAAGGAUUCCAAAUUCUUCUGUGGAGUUUCGCUGUUUGAGGUUAUAGCAACCCUCAACAACACAGUCAGUGGUGCCCGACUUCCUCCCCUAUCGAUCAAUUUCUAGCCCGAUCGUAUUGUUAUAACAUUUUCUUGAACUAGGCCAUGUCUGAGGAGCCCACGGCUGCACUAGACUCCAUAAGUCUACGUUAAGUUAGCCACAGAGUGGCGCUGGCAGCUAGUUUUAUUUACCCAUUCCUUCAAAGCGAAUGGAGAUUGCUUGUGCAAAAAAAUGUUUCCAAUGCGAAUACAAAUUGAAACAUUUGCAGUGCUGAGCUUUCAUUGGGAGACAAUAAUAAUAUUGUCUCCCAAUGAGACAAUAUUAUUAUUGUCUCAUUGGGAGACAAUAAUAAUUGUCUCCCAAUAAUAGAGAGACAAAGAUGUCUCAUUGGGAGACAUCUUUGUUUUAUAUCCAAGGCAACCCAACUAGUCAAAAUGACCCCAACGCCAAAAUCAUAUGGUCAGUAUUAACAUUUUAAAACAUAGUUUAGGAAUAAUCCUUUUAUAAAAGCAGCACUUUACUACAGUCACCUUUAUCUGCAAAUUAAUGAAUUGGUUCUAAUUGGACAUUUACCAAUAUUUUUAGGUACUAGGCUACUUUAAGUUACCUAGUCUCACUUUGAAGGGCUGACCUGAAACAAAUCUGGGAAAUGGGCAAGUGGUGCAGUAAUGGAUAUGAACACUGUCCAUAAGUCGCAUAAACUAAAUAAAUAUAAUUUUUAAAAAAUCCCCACUUUCCAUUUAAUAAAAUUGUAGUUUUUUUUUAAAUAAACUUUUUCUUUUUUAACCUUGGUGUCUGCCAGCACACACUGCACAUUUGUUGUGACUUUGUAACCAAACCAGAGCAGCACAGCAUCAUCAGCAAACGGUGCCAACUUCUUUCUUUCUUCUUCUUCUCGUAGCCACAUCCACUUAGACUAUCACUGUGUUGAUACAGUAGCGUUGAUAAUGGAGCGGAUUCAGGUUAUUUCUACUUGUUUUAAACCAGUCUCAUUCACCUUGUGUCAAGUUAGCACCUAACGUCGCUUUUAUUUAUUUACUAUUUAUUUGACUUCGAAGGUUGGGAGGUGAGUUUUCGCUUGACCUCCAACCAAAACAACAACAAAGCAAAACCAGUUUAAUUUCUUUUUAUCUAACAGAGCAUACCCAUGGCUAUCAAAGGACAAGCUUGUUGACUGACGGCGGUUCGGGUUUUCCCUCAGUUGGGUACAGUGCCUCUUUAUGCUUUACAACAGACCUCAAGACCUCGUUCUGUCUCACUUUCUGUGUGUCAGGUCCUCACUUUCAUUAUUUUUUAUGUUUUUUUUGCCAUGUCUUAAAAGCAUGGUGUCAUACAUGACAUCACUGAAAGCAGUCGAGGCGGAAACGGCCCCAUUUAGCAGCAAAAAACCCCCCAACAAAAGCGACGACGCUGAUGCUGUGUCCCUCGUGCACGAGUACCCGCUCCCUCAUCCGGUCUUUUUGGUGCCUCUUCCUGAGGCGCUUGUGCUUCUUUAGGGAAGAGGUCACAUCUGUGUAGGUGCUCCUUGAAGUUGGCUAGGAACAGUUUAAGGCAAUCACUUUUCUCUUUAUUGAUUUAGAUGCCUAAACUUCUUGGUUUUUGUCAUGCCUUUGUAGAUAGACCGCAGCUGUCAAGGAACAAGCUGCGGACGAGAACAUUGAAAAGACGAGUCACUUCAGACUAUUUUAAAAGUGACACUUUUUUCUAUUCAGCAUGCUUUGUGCUAAAUAAAUGAAAUAAUUCAGUUAUUUGCUAUAAACGAUACUGUAUGAGUAUGUAUUCCAGUACUGCAGUAUGCAGACAUUUCAAAAUAUGAGAAACUCUUUUAAGAGGUUCAUAUUUUUCUUCUAGUAUGUUUGACUAAUAGAGACAGCUAUGGGUACUUAAUUAUAGUUUCGAGUGUUUCAUGAAUUGCCAGAAUGAUGUAAUGACCCUCUUUGUUUGUUUGUUUUUUUUAAAUGAUCUACAGUCUUCGGCUGUUGUCACAUGCAUGAUUCAAAGAGCUUUUCCGAGACAGGAACGUUUGAUCGAGAUUUCUGUCUCACAAGAAUUCCCUGGCUACUUUACAACACUUGGAAACUAAAAAACUGAUUGUUUUGUUUAUGCAAAUGAAGACAUUUUGGAUCUUUGUGGUCAUUUACAGUUGUGUUCAAAAUAAUAGUUUGUUGAAGAAAAAUGAGUAGAUCUCAAAAUAUUUGUAAUACAUUUUAUUUUUCGUACAAUGACAUGCACUGCACCUGUGAUUUCAAAUGAGAACAAAACUAUCACAUUUGUUAUUACUCUACUCUACAGGAAGCGGGCGAAUCAUACAGAUAGACUUUUUGAGGAUUUAGCUUUCCUUUGGCUAACUGAACUAAUGUGAAGUUCUGGAACAACAAUUUCUGGAAUGGCUCCAGAUCUGUGUUGAAUGAAGUUGACCAACUUCAGAUGAUUGGACUACAUUCCACUACUGCAAGGCCUUUGUCUUUCUUUUAGGUUUUGCCUUACAAACAUCAUGUUAGCUUACUGGUAGAUUACUUUGAGUCUGUAGAUUGGGAUGAACACACCAUAAAGUUAAUCUCUCUGUGUUAUGGGAUUGAGCUGGUUAGCAAUGUUGGCCGGCUAUUGUUUUGAACACAGCUGUAUAUUUUAAAUAUCAACUGACAUUUGAUAGAUUUUCAGAAGUAAAAUUUAUAGAUUAAAAAAAAAAGACAGUAGUCUCUAUAGACACACAUAUUUGAGUCAUGCUGAUAACAUCUCAAAGCACUGUGCUCCUACUAUUCAGGGUUUGUGUUGCUCCACAAUUUUAUUGCUGUUCAUCAUGACUUUGAGAUGUACAGAAAACUGAAAAUCUGCUUGGAACUGUAGCAUUGAGCAGACUCAUUUACCCUCAUCGAGCAGCAACAUAACGCUGUGCUACAAAAGCUAAGUGUGAAAACAGUUCAAAACAUUUAGCUUUACAUGACUUAUACACUCUUCUAAAUUAGGUUAGUAUUGGCAAACCCAUGCAUGAUAGUGCAGUUUGGAUAUUAUUUGCACUCCAGUGUUAGUAGACAUCUAGAUAUAACAUAAAAUUUAAAAAAACAUUCACUGUUAAAGUUGUUGUAAAAGAAACAGUUGUCACACUGGUGUGGAAACGUAACAGAGGGGAGUUAGAGAAGCAAAUUAAAUCAGAUUUCUACAUAUAAAGAGAAGCUAGCAGCGGGUUGCUAGCCUCAAAGCUAGCAAGCUAAAGCUAGUCACCUUAAACGUCUGUACUCACUUUGUAAGCCAAUUUUUAUUUGUUCUGUUUCGUUUGGACAAGAAUUAGCUAUCCAGAAAUAAUUGUAUGAUUUGUGGCUGUAAAAUUAUUCAACUUUGUCCCCUGACUGAUCAAGGUGAGCUGAGCUAACUAGCUGCUAGCUUGGCCUUCGUUUGACUUGGAGCUUAAAUGAGCACUUUUGCAAAAAUGUUAUUCAAAAAAUAUAGAAAAAGUUGUUGAGUAAUGUAAAAGUUACAAAAGAGAACGGCUUGGAAAGUCAAAAUUGUUUUUUUGUUUUUUUUUGUGUGGGCACUAUAACUAUCCAGCAAAGUACAGGAUCAGCACUUCUCGGUGGAUAUAAUGUGCCAUAUUUAUAACGUGUCUUUGGAUAUAAUGUAAAGAGGUCAAAAGAAAUUGUUGGAAUGUUUAAUCGCAAGUUCUGUUGCACUAAAAUAAUCCUGUAACACGUCCUACUUAGUUGGCUGUCACGGGUUUGUUUGGUUUCUCUGAACCGUCCCUCCACCGACCUCUGUACACCGGUGACGGGCAUUUUGCAACACGCCUCAUACAGGUGGCAGGUGAUCGCACCGUUUCCAACAAAACAAACAAACAAAAAAACUGUAAGAAGAUGCUGUACACCAUUUCUGAUUUCUUUGUGUGCUGGACCAGUCGCAUUUUGUGUCUCAAAAAACACAAAAGUCGUCCUUUGAACCUUACAUGAGUUAUUGUCACAUUAGCAUCUUGCCCAUGUUGUGGUACAUUUUACUCUACUUAUCUUCUGUGUCUGUCUUUGUUUACAUGAUGACAUCUUGCAUUAAGAGAGAACUACAGUCUAUGGUUACUGCCCUUGAAUAUAUGUAAUUUGAAUAGUGCUGCUAGAGAGAGAAAUCUAAUUGUAACAACUUACAAUAAAGAGUUUAUAAAUAGAUUUUUGCCAAA